AUGCUUCCAUCGCCACCCCACUCCAAACUCAAGGGUCUUCUUAAUGUUUCCUCCAAUGCAAGGGCUGGUGGGUCAUACAAAGAACACUGUUCUCCGGGUGAUGACUCCCACAGCUUCUAUGAUAAACUCGUUGAGUUGUUGGAAUCUUCUGGACUCACUCUCAUUUUCAAUGUCCGAGAAUCAUUGUUGGACUUGUACCUGUUUUACUUGGAGGUGACAAGAAGAGGAGGAUAUCACCAGGUUGGUCGAGAAAGGAAAUGGAGUGAAGUUGUCACGGCCCUGAAAUUGGAAGGGAACAAUGUGAAAUUAUGUGCUCAAGUUGAAAGGCUUUACUCACUUCUUAUCUACCAGUUUGAGCAAUUGUACUUCUACAGGCGUCCUACAAAGCAAGCUGGAUCUGGCAGCAACACAAGUCCACUUAGGAAGAAGCGGAUUUCAACUGCUAGUUUACCUCAUCAGCAGACCACAGAAAUGUCCAAGAACUACUCCUGCCAAAUGACAGGGGCUGGGUAUGUACAACAGCCUGUGCUUUUACCAACACCUUCGAAAGAGAAAAAGACACCUUCGAAAGAAAAGAAGAAACGCCGAGGUGCCCCAGUGGGACAAAAGACUGCAUAUCAGAUAUUCCUCAAGCAUGAAUGUACUCGGUUGAAAACUUGUAAUCAGGCCGUAGAUGGCAAAAUACUAAGCAUGGCUAUUAAUUCAUGGAGGACUAUGUCUGAAAUUGAGAAACAGCCAUUUGUGGAGGAAAGCAAGAAGAAGAAAGAAGAAAUUAAGGAAGCUAUGGUUAGACGCAGUAAACAGCAGAGAACCCAUGAUACCAGGGAAGAGAAGUCGUCUAGUAUGUGUGGUGAUUACCCUGUAACUUCGCAACCUGAGGCAGAUGACUCCCUUGUCAGCAAAGGAACUGUUGGGUUAGCUCUUAAAAUGACUGAAAAAGUACCGAAGGAUCCUUCAUUUCUAAUAGACUGGGAUGGUUAUUGUCCACUAGAUUUCGCAACUAGGGAAUCCGAGUAA